AUGGAAUACUCACAACCUUCUCGCAAAGUAACGGAGAGUACAACUUGCGGUGUUAAGUUUGUUAUUGUGGAGGGAAUGCCAAAAGUCACCUCUGCCAAAGAUGACGACGGAUUUGCUACACUCACUUAUGUGGAUACUUCCACCUAUCAGAUAAUGGGAAAUUUGAAGAUUGUUAUGACUGGGGUACUAUUCGAGAUGUUCUUAGGUAGGAGGCUUUCUAACUUGCGGUGGAUGGCUAUUGUGUUAUUGGGUCGUCGGGACAACCACUAG